GCGAACCUAACCCGUCUGAGCCGCUGCCCCGGACCUAGCUAAACGCGGCCGCCGCUCGCCCGCCCGCCCGCCAACAGCCAACCGCGCCGCCUCCACUUCUUCCCCCCCACCCCCCAUCGGGUGCACUGUCCCAACCCGAAAGUCCAGUUCUGCGACCGGGCCGGCGGCGGUGGCAGCUAGAGAGUGAGACCCAGGGAGCGGGAGAACGAGAUGACCCAGGAGUACGACAACUAAUGGAUUUCUUUGAGACGCACCCUACAGCUGGAAAGGUGGAUUUAUCCAGCAAAAGGCCAGUGUUGGUUCUUCAGAAUGAAGCACUCUAUCCACAGCGUCGCCCCUAUACCAGUGAAGAUGAAGCUUGGAAGUCUUUUCUGGAAAACCCUCUCACUGCAGCCACCAAAGCGAUGAUGAGUAUCAAUGGAGAUGAGGACAGUGCGGCUGCUCUCGGCUUGCUCUAUGACUAUUACAAGGUUCCCAGAGAGAGAAGAUUAUCAACAGCAAAACAAGAUGUUGAACAUCCUGACCCGGAUCACAACAAAAGAAACAGCAUACCAAAUGUGACUGAACAACCUCUCAUUUCUGCUGGAGAAAACAGAGUGCAAGUUCUGAAAAAUGUGCCAUUUAACAUUGUCCUACCCCAUGGCAACCAACUGGGCAUCGAUAAGAGAGGUCAUCUAACUGCCCCUGACACAACGGUCACUGUGUCCAUAGCGACAAUGCCUACUCACUCCAUCAAGACGGAAUCUCAGCCACACAACUUUGCCGUAGGAAUCCCCCCAGCAGUUUACCACCCUGAACCCACUGAUCGUGUAGUGGUGUUUGACCGCAGCCUUAAUCCUGACCAGUUCAGCUCAGGUGCUCAGCCCCCAAAUGCUCAGAGACGUACUCCAGACUCUACCUUCUCAGAGACCUUCAAGGAAGGCGUACAAGAGGUUUUUUUUUCUUCGGAUCUCAAUCUAAGGAUGCCUGGCAUGAAUUCAGAGGAUUAUGUAUUUGAUGGUGUCUCUGGGAACAACUUUGAAUAUACUUUAGAAGCCUCAAAAUCCCUUCGACAGAAGCCAGGAGACAGCACCAUGACAUAUCUGAACAAGGGCCAGUUUUACCCUGUCACCUUGAAAGAAGUGAGCAGCAAUGAAGGAAUUCACCAUCCCAUCAGCAAGGUCCGGAGUGUGAUUAUGGUGGUAUUUGCUGAAGACAAAACUCGAGAAGAUCAGCUAAGGCAUUGGAAAUACUGGCACUCCAGGCAACACACUGCCAAACAAAGAUGCAUUGAUAUAGCUGACUAUAAGGAAAGCUUCAAUACUAUUAGUAACAUUGAAGAGAUUGCUUAUAAUGCCAUUUCUUUCACUUGGGACAUUAAUGAUGAAGCGAAGGUUUUUAUCUCUGUGAACUGCUUAAGCACAGAUUUCUCCUCUCAGAAGGGUGUCAAAGGGCUGCCUCUUAACAUUCAAAUUGACACCUACAGCUACAAUAAUCGAAGCAACAAGCCUGUUCACAGGGCCUAUUGCCAGAUCAAAGUCUUCUGUGAUAAGGGAGCUGAACGGAAGAUCAGGGAUGAAGAACGAAAACAAAGCAAAAGAAAAGGCAAGUGUACUGACCCCAGCUCUCAAUUGAAUGCCUUUUCUGAUGUUAAAGUAUCUGUGCUUCCAUCCCACAAAAGAAUGGACAUCACAGUUUUCAAGCCUUUUAUUGAUCUCGACACUCAACCUGUUCUCUUUAUCCCUGAUGUGCAUUUUGCCAACCUUCAACGUGGGGCUCAUGUUCUUCCUAUUACCUCAGAAGAGCUGGAAGGUGAAGGGUCUAACAUGAAAAGAGGGCCAUAUGGAACUGAAGAUGACUUUACUGCCACACCUCCUGCUAAAAUGACCAGGAUAGAGGAACCAAAGAGAGUACUACUCUAUGUUCGGAAGGAGUCAGAGGAAGUUUUUGAUGCACUGAUGCUCAAGACUCCAUCAUUGAAAGGCCUAAUGGAAGCUAUAUCAGAUAAAUAUGAUGUCCCUUAUGAUAAAAUUGGAAAAAUCUUCAAGAAAUGUAAAAAAGGAAUCCUGGUGAACAUGGACGACAAUAUAGUGAAGCACUACUCUAACGAAGACACCUUCCAGUUGCAGAUCGAGGAGGUGGGGGGAUCCUACAAGCUAACUCUUACUGAGAUCUAAAGGCAAGCAAACCCAGAAGAACUCCACCUGGGUUAAAUGAAGGUGUUAAAUGGACCUCUGGGUCGAACUGCAGGUUACCAUGAUGAACCACUUUCCAAAGAGGGAUCCCAGUGGAAGUGAUUCAUUUGAGCUCUUGGAAGGGACAGAGGAGCAUUUUGAUUGAAAAUAACUAAAAUAAUUUGCAUUGGUCUUCAGAGGACUUAGAAUCAAUAUGUGAAAUUUAUAAGAGUUUAUAUUUAUAGAGAGUAUUAUGCCUAUCAAGUGCUUUAUACACAUGGCUUCAUCGGGGCCUCCUGAUAACUCUGUGAGGCAGAUAACAAGUACUCUUAUCCCAAUUUUAUAGAUGAGAAAACUAAAAUUCAGGGAGGGUAAGUCAUUUACCCAAACCACACAGUAAGUGGCAAAACCAGCAUCUGACCCUGUACCAUGAGUCUCCCACCACAGCUCAGUUUAAAACCUGCAUCCCAUGGCUUGAUGAAUCAAUUGACUGCCAUUUACCAAUCCCUCUCUUCUGCCUCUUCAGCUCAUUCCUUAUGGAAGUGUAAAAAAAGAGCAAUAGAUUUGAAUCUAAGGUUUUCUUGCCCUCGGCUGUCUUGAGGGUCCAAUGAUUGUCUCAUGCUUGUGAGAAUUCCACUGGAAGCCCAUUAUUUUGUAACCUCUUAUUCUCACUAAGUGUUUACUGACUACUCACGAUGCUGAAAUCCUUCUUCAUAACUUUCUUGGACAUACAAUAAUGGCCUUAUGAAGAACUUAAAUGGGUUAGAGUAGAAAUCAUUUUAGAUAAAGCUGUAUUGUAUAUAAGUGCAAUAUAUUUUUGAAGGUUCUGUAAAUGUGUGUAUAUAUGUGUCACAUAAAUAUAUAAUAUAUAAAUAUGGUAUCCAUGUAUAUAUAACGAUGAAAUGCAAUGAAAGCUAUCUCAAGGAAAUUCCAAAAACCAAGGUAAAAGUAUUUUUGAUAGCACACACCAAGAUGAUCAAAUAGAGCAUUGAAAUGUUCCUUUAAUAAUGUUUUCCCAAGCAUGUGUAUUUAUUCCAUUCUCUAUGAGGUGGCUCUGCCCAGGUUUCUUCAGUAUAUCAAUAAGUAAAAUUUAAAAACAAAACGCUCAUACUGAAAGAUGUGAACAUGUGCCGGUCAGACGUGCCUCUAUGAAGUGAACAAAAAUGAAUGAAUGAAAAGGCUAUAGUUAAUAUACACUAAAUGAUAAAAACUGAACUCAAACCGGAAUUCCUCUUAAUCCCCUGGGUUGAAGACAAGCCAAGUUUUACUUUAAACUGUUUAGGAGCCUCAGGCUUUGGUUCUUUUCUAUUACAAUUUUGGAAAACAUUAGCAUACUCUAUUGUGGAAGGGGAAAUUUUGUAUACAUAUAAAUAUAUCCAACUACUGAAAACUGUAAAUUUAUAACACAAAUACAAUCACGGGUAUCUCUUAGGUUUCAGGGAUAUAGCAUAGGCCCUUUGUUCAAGUAGAAUUGAUAGAAUAUUCCUGUGUUCCAAAUAUUGUAAUGAAGUAUGUGAACUAAAUGGAUGAUUUGUUUUCUAAUAUAAGAUACUAUGGGAUACGGGUCAUAUAACAAUGUUUUAUAUUUUGUUUUAUGAAACUGAUUUUUGCCUUGUGCUGUUUUUAAUUGUAUCAUUGAAGAUAUAUUUUAAGUCAAAGGGAUUAAAUUUUAUAUGUCUAUUUCUUAAUACGA